CCAGCGAACAACUACCCAACCAAAUCCAAACCCUAGCCCGUCCGCGCCCGAUCCAAUCAACGCCGCCGCACGUCCAGCCCUCUCUCUCGCUCGUCUCUCCUCCGUAUAAAACCCGCCCCCGUUCAAACCGUUUGCCUUCGAGCUCCGACUCCUCCGCUGAGCCAUGGCCGCGCCGGCGGGGGUGGAUCCGACGCUGCUGGGGCUGGGUCUCAGGAGCGGGAGCGGGGCGUGGGGAGGAGGAGGAGCCGCGGCGCGGGCGCAGGAGCCGGUGGUGGAUCGCGGCACGCACCCCUCUGGCAUCGUCCCCACCCUCCAGAACAUUGUCUCAACAGUCAAUUUAGACUGCACCUUGGAUCUGCAAAUGAUUGCUAACAGGGCUCGUAAUGCAGAGUACAACCCAAAACGUUUCGCUGCGGUUAUCAUGAGGAUAAGGGAGCCGAAGACAACAGCACUGGUAUUUGUUUCAGGGAAGAUGGUUUGCACUGGAGCAAAGAGCGAAGACCAUUCAAAGCUUGCUGCAAGGAAGUAUGCACGGAUCAUCCAAAAGAUCGGGUUCCCAGCUCAGUUCAAGGAUUUCAAGAUCCAGAAUAUGGUCGGCUCAUGUGACGUCAAAUUUCCUAUUCGUCUGGAGGGCCUUGCUUUGAUCAGUGGCAUCUUUUCCCGUUACGAGCCGGAGAUCUUCCCUGGGCUGAUCUACCGAAUGGCGGACCCGAAGAUCGUGCUCCUCGUCUUCGUCUCUGGCAAGGUUGUCCUCACUGGAGCUAAGGCGCGCGAAGAGAUAUACACCGCCUUUGAGAACAUUUACCCGAUGCUGACCCAGUUCAGGAAACAGCAGCAUUAUUGAGAGGAGAAGGUCCAUCUGCCCAAUGGCGCAAACACCUCGUAUGCUUCAGCACUGUACAUAACAGGACCUUGGUGCCAGAAUUCUUAGACGCAGGCCGCUGGCGCCUGAAUUUUUUCCCACGCUCUUUAACUUUUGUUCUUUGGAGGACGAGGGGAUAGGAGGGUAAGGCAACUGUUCCACGAAAGAGCGUGUAACCAAAUCUGACCGCCACUAUUCCACGAAACGAAAGAGCGUGUAAACGGUGUGAUAUAGUGUCCUGGAUAACUGCAUGGUGAUGACUUACGAACAAUGCGUCUUGAAUCAUGUUAAUAUGUUCGUACAUUACAUAGAUGCUGCUGAGAGGAA